CUAAUUUUCACGGAGUUUUGGUUGUCCAGUUUUUGGACUUCGUCAAGCGACCAAAGUUGGUCGUUGUCGAAACCAAAGCCGAAAUUCUUGUGCCCUCGAGUUUCCGGUACGCGUUUCAAGGCUCGCCGUCGACGCGUUCUGGCCAUCAGACGAACUUUCUGAAUCGGAGGGGUGCCAAUUUUGCCUUCUGGCGCUUUGAACUGGAAAAGAGAGGCUAUUAUCUCGCGCGAAUCGUCGAGAACGACUUGUAUUUCGUGCGACUGCAGCAACUAAGUACAUCAUGUUGAGGUAUCUCGAUCUACAUCUUGUACGAUGGAACAUAAUGAUAAUACAAGAGCUGCAGCUGAGAUGUUGAACACGACAACGAGUUGCAGCUGUGCGAAUGCAGCUGCACCUUCGGAUGGCCAGCUUCUUCUAGAUGGAGAAAGACUCGAAAAGCAAGACUCCAAAAUGCUUGCCGUGAUCAGGCACGCGACCCGGAGUCAUCUUCCUCCAUAUCUUAGUGGCCCCUCUACUUGUUCUACUGCAGUAACGGAACCCGUGGACGCAACAUCCGUUGUGAAAUGGUACAUGUGGCAGAAAAUGACACAAGCAAGCAAUCGCCGGCCGCUGCACGUUCUCCAGCGGCUUCAAUUGGGGCGAUUUUUACCUUCCUCUGGAAACACAUCUGGAAUAGAUACCUCUGGAAUGAAUCUUUCUGGAAUAGAUUUCGCACAGGACAAACGACACUGGUUGGAGUGGCUAUUUGGGAGUCUUGGUUUCUCCAGUGAAGUCCGAGACGUUCGGAGUAAGUACUAAAAAACCCCCUACUUCUGCUCCAUUCUCUUAAGGCAACGCAGACUCCUGCAUCGACCUAGCACGUGGCGAUCCUGCACCAUCAGCGUCUGGUGAUCCUGCAUCCUCAGCGUCUGGUGAUCCUUGUUGGUCCCUCGUACUAUUGAUGAAUCAAGUUCAAGUUGUUCGACGUUGUACCUACACGCGGCACCUAGAAAAGGAAGCGUGGAUCAUGUAAGAAUAUUUAUAUAUGUACCAGGGAGGGAGGCCCCCUCCCCCCCCCCCUGUGGAUCAUAUAUAUGUCAUCUUUCUCUUCAUCUGUCUGGCAUUCUAUCAGUUCUCAUCUAAUUCUCCAGUGAAGUCCGCGAACACUGGGAAGACGAGUGGGCCGACGCGGGUUAUCUCAGUCUCAUGGCGAAUGUCUGGAGGAAUCUCACCGGGGAUAUCACGGCGGAUCAAUAUCAUGGCGCGGAUGGUGCCAACAAGGGCAAUAACGCAGAGCUCACAUUUUUGCUGACUCCUAAUUUGGGACUCAUAGGAACCACCACGGGUGUCAUGAGGAGCUGGUAGGCUGCAGAUUAUCUGCGACGGACAUCUUGCUUUCGUGUCUCUGAGUAAGUGAGUAGAUCAGUAUUUUUCGGAACAUUUUUCGUGGCUCCGACACAUCAAGCCGGAGCAUUUAGGGUUAGACUUCAUAGGCUAGCGCACAAGGCCGAUAAAGCGUAUCUACCAUAAAUCUGACUUACUAGUUGCAGUGCUGCGGUGUUUUUCUCAGCAUUAGUCAUGGACUUUCUUCAAGAUUAUUGAUACCGACUUCAGGCAGAUCUGUGCGACAACAGUCUACUAGUUGUAGCAACGCCAAAAAAAAGUGAAAAAUACAACCAAUGCAUAGCCGAGUGACUAAGACUAUAUGCAUAACGGAGCAGCGUAUUGCCUCAAUCACUAUGGGCAUUAGAUACUAGUUCUUUUUUAGUCUUUUUUUGUAAUUAUUGGUAGUCACUUUGUUAGCCAGCAGCGCCUAUUUCUUGUCUAUUUCAGUGUUACAGUUCAUGCAUCAUUCUCUUUACGUUUCGUAUUGUCUUUCUGGCCCUCUGUCUUAUUCUUACUAACCCAGCAUAGUAUGCUCUUAUGCUCUCUUUUUAGCUCCAUAGCAUUACCUGAGCUAUCCGCCCGAGUUUCUUGGGUGUUAAUAUGCAACUAGCAAUGCCCUAGUUUCCCUUCUCCUCCUCUUUAAUUUAGGUUCUCCAUUUUAUAUCGCCCCUGUUCUUUCUAUCUUCUGCGCCACCUAUCACCAGAUGCAGCUCUUCGAUCUUCUUGUUGAAAUAUCUUCUUGUUGAUUUAUCCCGUUCUUUAGUAGAUUUCGUGUGCUUAUAGUAGUUCUUUUUUGUACACCUCAGAGGACAAGGUUUGCAUGAGCCUGGAUUUGAACGAGACUGCUACGAAUGCUCAUGGCAUGUGUCAGAUAGUAGAGAUCUGCGGACAUCGCGAUGGCUGACUCAGUGAAGUGCCGACUCUUUUGAGGGAUGGGGAUGCGCUUGGCGAUAAUAAAACACCACCGGGCCCCCCGCAAUGUUGUAGAAGGGGGUUCGUUCUCGACCUUAAAGACAAGCCUCGUCCUCCCAUCCCUGAAG